CUAAUUAAUUGCAUUAUUAAAAUGGUAGUUGAUAAUAAUAGGAUGCAAAAUACCCCUAUUAUCCCUAGUAACCACCGUAGAUACUAAAACUUGGUAUCCACCAUAACCCCUCCCAGUGAGGAAAUAACUGAAGAUAAUUGAAAAUCCCAACUGAAUUUGGGUCUGGUCCACCAUGUCAUUCCAACUCUAAGAUCCAACCAAAUUAUGGACCAAGCCCAAUAAAUUAUUAGGUUCGGUGCAAUUAGCCAAAUUAUUCUCGAAUAAUAAAAAAAACCACAUUGAUGCCGAUUACCGUUUCGAAGAGAAACAUAGACAUAAUUCGUUGCCACAAUCACUACCAUAACUCUCGAGGGAGAGUAAGAAGAUUUAUUAUGCUCAAACAAGAUUGAAAGCAAAAUGUAACGCUUGUUCGCACAAUCACACACCAUCAUCAUCACUUUGCAGUCUCGAAUGUGGCUAAACCAAGGUCCUUGGGCCUCAUUUCCAUCCUGAACCACCACUACACUCGUCAGCAGAAUAUGGGCCACCUGAUCUCCGAUACUGGAUAGGAAAUCCUAUCUUAGCCCAAUUACAAAGCACAGAAGCCAUCAUAUGGGCCGCAUGAUCUCUCCCUUCCUGUCGCGAGAAACGAAAAGUUGAAUCUCGGGCUUCCUUCACCUCCCAUAGCAGUUCGGCCCACCAGUUCAAGCGAGGUGUCUUUCUUCACUUGCAAAGAUCCACCAAAACAUGGGCCAAGAAAAGUAUAAUUAUUGGGCCUUGAUCAGCAUCAGUAUCCCUUUUCCAAGCUUGGCGAAUAGGUGCUCUGCCUUGGUAGAGCAGAGUUGCUCAUUCGAUAGCAAGACAUGCUUUGGGUUUGUCGCCUCAGCUCUUAGCGAGGUUCGACUAUAUUGCUUGGUUGCGUAGUAGAUAUGUGCUUUGUAUCUGUGAACUAUGUUUGCCCCUUUUUCAGAGGUAUCUAAUGGCAAAAAAAAAAAAAAAGGUGCUCUGCCUCUUUUGGCGAAGCUACGAGAUUGAUGAACUCGGGGACUGCGGCUUUUGCGCUGUUGGAGGCUUCGGGUUCAAUACUUGUUGCGUCUGCUCAAAGGUAAUGAAGGGGUUCAGGAUGGUUACGUUCUCAAAGCUUUAGCUCUUCGUGAUUGUCUUCCGAAAUGUCAUCGUCGUAAUAUACAAUUCGCGCUCUCCCCUGUGGGGGAUUUGUUCGCUUCUCGAUGAUUGUAUUGAUCCUAUGGUUCUGUUUGUUGGUUGAAAUAGGAACAUAACGAUUCAUUUUCUGACCCGCCGUGUUCUGUUGUUAUCACCCUGUUUGUCAAAAGGGAUUCCGACUUUAUUUCUUGAUUGAGUAGUAAAUAUGUUAUUUGUAAUCUACUAAUCUUGGAUCUUAAUCAUGGUUUGACAAAAAAAAAAUGGGGGAUAUAUAUGAUGGAAUAUUGGUGCUAUUUUCAAUGGUGGUUUGCCUGUAAAAAUUUUGUGUGUGAUAAAACUCACGUGGAAUGAUCAAUGGGGCCUGGUCACAGUUCUGUGAGCCGGAGAUUCAAGAGGUGGGUAAGACUCGCAACACUUUCAUCUUCAUCUUCAAUCGGAAAGAGGAAAUGGAUCGAGCGUGGGAAGGCAGACCAUGGCAGAUUUCCGGAAAUAUGCUUCAACUCAAGCAAUGGGAUCAGAACACUCGCCCCCAGAAUAUGGAUUUCAGUUUGGCUGACUUCUGGAUCCAAGUCCAUGGGAUUCCAGAUCAUAAGAGGACCAUCCCCAACAUUGAAGCAGCGGUGGCGAUGUUCAAAACCGUGCACAACAUUGAUAUGAGGGGGCUAAACCCAGAUCGAUACAUGGAAUUCGUCAGGGUCUUUAUCGAAACUGAUCUUAAGAGGCCGCUUCCACCUGGAUCUUACUGCUCGUCAGGGGGAGUAAGAGAUUGGCUGGGAUUUAGGUAUGAAAAAUUAUAUGUGUUGUGCUACUAUUGCGGGAGGCAUGGGCAUUGCAAACAAGACUACCCAAGAAGGAGAGCAGAUUUGGAGGCUCGUAUUGCAGGACCUCCGGAGGGGAGAUUUACCCCAUGGAUGAAGGCGGACACAAAGGCUAGCCACCCACUACCGCCACCGAGGGGACGAGUGAUCCAUCAGUCGCCGGGAGAUGCUGGAUCAAGCACGGGAUCGCCCGGUUUCAUUCAGAAUCAACUCUGGAUCCCAGGACAAACUUCUCCGGCAAUGGGAUCUAUUGAUGUUGGCUCGCCGGCGACACCAUCGACUCAGGGUACAGAAGAUGGUCUGAAGCACGCAUAUCGAGGCCCACCGGGGUUCACACCUCAUCCUUUUCCUACAGGCUAUGCAAGUCCCAGGUCAACCUUUGGGCCUACUCACCAACGGAUACAGACUCCUCCAGCUUGUCAGAAUCUGCAGACCUAUGGAACUAUUCCACCGUACUCACCAACGGGAAGAUUCCAUGAGGCUACUUCUUCUUCGGCUACGAGAAACCUCACAAGGGAGAUGGAGGAGGCAGCUGCAUGGGCCCACCUUUUUCCACAUCCGAUGCCUCAAUAUUUUGGGGAUUUAUUGGCCCAUGGGAAACAAGCCCACGUUCCAGACCACUUUACUCCAGCCCACCAGAGCUUUAUUGACUUGCAUAAUAGCAUUGGGCUGCCUACUCAACAAAAGGUGUCCCAAAUGGUUAUGGAAUUGAAUUACAAGAUGGAUCUCAACAAACAGCCUGCUGAAAUGGAGAAGCCAGACCCGUUUUAUAGAAAUGAAGAUGGACAAGCUGAACUAAAGAAGAGGAAGCAUGGGCAGCCUUUGGAUUUUGAGGGGCCUUAUUUCACUACUGGAGGAGGAACCAGUAACAACCGCAAUGCUAGAAUCAAGGUGAAAAGUCGCAAAUCCCAGAUACAUAACAGCAAAGGAGGAGCUGAAGAAUUUGCAGGGGAAGAAGAACUCCCUGAACAGCAACAACAUCUUGUAUCUUCUGAAGCGCCGGUGGCCGGCUAUAAGCCACCAGGAGCUGAAUGAGUUGUUUGAGUUGGAACUGUCGGGGAAUUGAGCAACCCCGGACAGAGAACCAUCUCAAAAGGAUAGUGAGGAAAUUCCGCCCAUCUCUGGUUUUUCUAAUGGAAACUAAGAAUACUAGAGAAACUAUGGAAGAACAAAGAAUCAACAACAACUUUCAGU